AAAGGGCGAGAAAGGUCCGGCUGUUUCUUGGUGGAUUGUUCGACAUCCCAUUCAAUUCAUUUUCGGUCCAAUUUUCAGUCACGUUGCCGUCAAUAUGGGAUCAGCACAGAAGUACGAGCUUCCGUUCAAGCUCAACAACCCCGAGCUCCUCCACAACAAGUCGUGUGUUGGUGGCGAGUGGAAGGAUGCGAAGUCCGGCAAGACAUUCGAAGUCGUUGACCCCGGUACCGGAAAGCCGUGGAUAGAGUGCCCGACUAGCGAUGCAUCGGACGUCGACGCUGCCGUCAAGAAUUCGCACGAAGCUUUUCUCGAGUACAAGAAGAUUAGCCCCCGCCAAAGAGCACAGUUUCUGUACAAGUGGGACCAGUUGAUCCGCGACAACAAGGAAGACAUCGCUACGAUUCUCGUUUACGAGACUGGAAAGCCUCGCUCUGAAGCCUAUGGCGAGAUUGACUACUCAACAGGCUUCACAUGGUGGUUUGCGGGAGAGGCAGAACGCAUCCAGGGCACCAACUUCACGCCUGCGUUGCCAAACCGCCGCAUCUUCACCAUCAAGCAGCCUGCGGGUGUCGCUGCAGCACUCGUUCCCUGGAACUUCCCUAUUGCCAUGAUCUUGCGAAAGGCUGGCGCAGCUCUUGCCGCAGGUUGCACCAUGAUAGUGAAGCCAAGCCCAGAGACGCCCAUCACAGUCCUAGCACUGGCGCAUCUUGCGCUGAAAGCUGGUUUCCCUCCUGGUGCGCUGAACGUACUGACCACAGACCUUGACAAGACACCCGAACUCAGUGAGGCCCUCUGCCGUCAUCCCCUCAUUGCCAAGGUUACAUUCACCGGAUCGACCAGAGUUGGAAAGCUGGUUGCAAAGAUCUGCGCAGACAACCUGAAGAAGGUGACUCUGGAGCUCGGAGGCAACUGUCCCGUCUUGAUCUUCGACGAUGCGAACAUCGAGCAAGCUCUGUCGCAGAUCUUUGCCCUCAAGUACCGCCAUGCAGGCCAGGCCUGUAUAACAGCAAAUCGAAUCUACGUUCAGUCUGGCAUCUUCGACAAGUUCCUCGAGAGGUGGAAUGCCGAGACAGACAAGAUCGUCGUCGGCCACGGCUCAGAUGAGAAGACGACCAUGGGUCCAGUAACCACUCCUCGCGGCGCGCAGAAGGCGCUCGAGCUCGUAGAGGAUGCGAAGAAGAAGGGGGCAAAGAUUCACAAAGGUGGCAACAAGAUCGAUGGGAAGGGCGGCUACUUCUUCGAGCCUACCGUCAUCACCGGCAUUACCCCCGACAUGGACAUUGCAAACGAGGAGAUUUUCUCGCCCAUCUGCACAUUCAUCAAGUUCGAGACAGAAGAAGAGGUGGUCAAGAAGGCGAACGACACUUCAAUGGGCCUGGCAUCAUACCUCUUUACCAAGAACGUAGACCGCUUGUGGAGGCUAUUCGAGAGCCUCGAGGCGGGCAUGAUCGGGUUAAACACUGGCAACUCAUCGGCCGCCGAGUCACCGUUUGGUGGCAUCAAACAGAGUGGAUACGGCAAGGAAUCUGGAAAGGACGUGGCUGUGAACGAGUACCUGAUAACGAAGACUGGUACUUUUACUCUAGAGGAGAACGCAUGAGCGUUCGUAAGGACGGCUGAUAGGUCGUUUGAAACGGAUAAUUAACAAACGAUAAACAUAUGGUCACUCAACUUCAGCAAUCGGAGAUUUUGUGUCAUUCGCCGUUACCCGUUUGA